CUCAGUAAUACCCCACGAGCUGCACAUCAAAUUUCUCUCUUCCUGCACACAGCGGUCGAUUCCGGGCUCGACUCAGGUGUCGGUAUCAGUAUCAUUCAAAGUACGGCGCCAGGUAUGGGCCUGUCUUUUACUCUACCAACGGAGGAGCAAGCACACGGCAUCGAGCGUAGCCAGGCCAGAGCCAAAAAUAUCAAAACGCCCGAAAGAGCUCAUAUGUUCGCGCUCAUACUUGCCAUGUGGCUAGCGCGCAGUACAAUCAGGCGAAAAUGCACU